CCAGAAACCUCAAGUACCAGCAUCACAUUUCAGUUUUUACAUUGACCGAAAAAGGAGAAGUCUAUUUUCAAAGUUUCGUGACUAUUUAGACUUUCGUGCUGAAUGGCAAUGAUAUCGAACACCAGCACUAGUCCUUGGGAGGUCACAUCAUUCAGCAUCAGCCCAUCAACUGAUUUGGUGAUUGAUGGUGACCUAUGUGAUUACGGAACCCAUGCAAGCCAUUUUAUCCCAGUGCUCUACUCCCUAUUCUUCAUACUGGGAUUCCUGGGAAACAUGCUGGUGCUGUGGGUGAUCCUGAGGGGCGCUCAUGUGAAAUGCAUGACUGACGUGUCUCUCCUGAACCUGGCCAUCGCUGACCUUCUACUAAUCUUCUCUCUCCCCUUCCUGGCUCACUAUGCCAGAGAUACCUGGGUUUUCGGUGGAGGCAUGUGCACUCUCGUCCUCGGUGUGUACUACAUCGGAUUUUAUGCCAGCAUUUUCUUUAUUGUGCUGAUGAGCAUCGACAGAUACUUGGCUAUCGUCCAUGCUGUGUUUGCCUUAAGAAUCCGAUCAAAAGCUUAUGGAAUUUUAGCUAGUGUGGUCAUCUGGAUUAUAGGUAUUGCAGCAUCAUUUCCUGAGCUACUGUAUAUUGGAGUUGAAACUAAUCAUGAGGGAACAAAAAUAAUGUGCAGUGCUUAUCCAAAAGACAUAAGUCACAAUCUUGUGAAAAGUGCAACUUUCUUUAAAAUGAAUGUUUUGGGCCUGCUAAUUCCACUGACUAUUGUGGGAUUUUGCUACUCGAUGGUGCUCCGGAGGCUUCAGACGCUUCGUAAUUCCAAGAAACUGGCCAUUCGUCUUGUUGUUGCAGUCAUGGUGGUCUUCUUCUGCUGUUGGAUACCAUACAACAUUGCAGCAUUCCUCAAAGCACUGGAACUGAUGCACAUCUUGUCUUCAGACUGUGAGCUCAGCAAAAGGAUUCAGCUGAUGCUGCAAGCCACUGAAGCCGUGGCAUACUCGCACACCUGCCUCAAUCCAUUCCUCUAUGUGUUUGUAGGUGAAAAGUUCAGGAGGCACUUCACCAGGCUUCUGUGCCAGACACCAUGCAUCCAUGUGCAGUGUAUGAAGAGCUACAUGACCCAGGCCGCAGCCUCUGUGUAUUCACAGACCAAAAGUUCAGAAGAAUGUUCAACUGCCGUGUAAAUGGUGGAGGAACAUGAAAUCAUAUUUUACAACUCAUCUUAUAAAUGCCCAUUCAGUUUAUAUGUACAUAAUAUAAUAUGGUGAAAAUGAGAUUAGUAAAGAAUAACAUACUCCUAAAUGGUACUUUUCUUUUUCGUUGGGGUGGUAGCCAUAUGUAUUUCCACCUGGAAAUGCGAAUAUCUUUUUUAAGGUAGAUUUUUUUUUUUUAAAAAACGUAAUUGGACUGUAAUUACAUUUUUAGAGUAAAGCCUGGAUUAUUCUUGAUUUCUGUUGAUUGACUGAAGCGUUGUUGUUCCACAUCCUCAGAAAUUACUGAUGUAAAUAGUGGGGACAGUAGAGGACCAUGUGACUGACUAUACAGUCUAGAAUCGUGUCUCAAAUCCAUACAGUUAUAUACUAUUCUAUACAGUUAUUGAGUACAAAUGCGAAUCAUUUUCCUUGUUAAAGUUAGCUUUGAAUUUUAAAAAUCCUCUUAUGUAGCUUUCAAACCUACCAAAACAUCUGUCUUGUGUACCAGUCUUCUGGAUCAUCUACUUUCGGAUGUCAUGUCAUAUUUUUACAGAGACACAGCUCCAACAAUGCCACCAAUCACAAUGACAGUGGAAAGUUUUAAAGAGAAACAUUGUGUGCAUGACAUCGCUAAACUUUUUAAAGUUCGAUAUAGAUAUCUUAAGGACAGGUAUGUUUUGGCUGACGUGCCAUCUAGUGGAAGUCACUUUAUUCCCCUAAAUGUACAUAACAUAUUCAGGCGAUUAUGUGAACAGUACCCAUUAUGUGCUUUAAAUGUACAUGACAUGAACAUUUCUAGGUAAACGAUUUGUCCUGAAGUUAAAAAAGGUACCACCCUAGUGGCAAGGAUGGUUAUAUAUAACAACAUCCCCACAGUGAAGCAUGAUGGUGGUAGCAUCAUGUUGUGCAUUAAAUCAAUAAAAUGAUUGCAUACUUAUUCAACCCAUUGCUGGAAAACCCUUAAAUUAGUUCUGGUGCACCCAGUUGCCAUCACCAAGCCGCAUAAUUAAUUCAGUAUUAUGGGCUCUUUUUUUUGUAUAGAGUUAUGACAUAUAAUCCCAAUUAAGCCCAUUUUAGCUCCAGAUUGAAACACUACAAGGGAGGUAAAUACAUAUGGAAGACACUGUGUGUAUAUAUGCAUUGUAAAUAAAACUAUUUAGGAAUACAUUAAGUAAAAAUGCAUUAAAGAUUUUAAGAUUGUAUAUUGAUUUACCAUUCUGAGUUCUUACCAAUACAGUUUUACUGAGUUCAUGUGUAUUCCUUUAGAUAAUUUUUAACAUAAUUCUGUGAUGUCAUUUAUUAACACUGUAUUGGCUCAAUUAUUACACUCCAUGUAUUAUCGUCUAGUCAUUUCAGACAAUAUUGCUGUUUUGUAUGUAUAUUUCUGCAGAAUGAUGGAAUCUGGACCAAUACAUGGAAUGAAACAAUAAAUGGUUUUUAUUUA